GUAUUCCGAUCCACCACCGAACCAUCCAGAAGCAGCCGCCCUCCUGCUCUAAAAAAAGCUCUCGUCUCCGGUCAUCCAUUCCACACCCCCCACACCACGAAACCUCGCGCAGAUCCAAACGAAUCCGAGCCCGUCCAAACCCUAAGCCCCGCCUCCCUCUCCCCCCUAGCCCAACUCCACCGCGCACCCCAUGGCGAAGUACGGCGAGGGCGACAAGCGGUGGAUCGUGGAGGAGCGCGCCGACGGCACCAACGUCCACAACUGGCACUGGGCGGAGCGCGACUGCCUCGAGUGGUCCCGCGCGCGGCUCUCCUCCCUGCUCGCGGGCCUCACCGUCCUCGACGGCGAGGGCGGCCUCACGCUCCGCACCGUCGCGCUCGACAAGCUCGACGGCGAGGCCUACGUCAACAUCCGCAAGGGCAAGGUCAUCCCGGGGUACGAGCUCUCGCUCACCCUCUCCUGGGAGGCCGAGGCCGCCGCCGCCGCCUCGGAGUCCGGAGCCGUGAAGGUCGCCGGCGCCGCUGAGGUCCCCUACCUCGCCGACGAGAACGCCGACGAGGACCCCGAGCUCCGCGUCACCGUGCGCGGCGACGAGACGCCCCUCGCGCGCCGCGCCAAGGACGCCUUCCUCGCACGCGGCAAACCCAUGGUGCUCGAGAAGAUCCGGGAGUUCGUCGCUGCCAUGGCCAAGGGUGGACCGGCCAAGGACGAGCUGGAGUCCAAGAAAACUCCCGCGAAGGUCGCCCCUGCAGCGCCUGGCGCCGCCCCGGCGAAGAAGGAGGAGGUGGUGGCUCCUGCGCCGGCUGCGGAGAAGAAAAAGGCCAAGGGGAAGGACAAGGAGGGGUUCAAGACCAUUGAGAUGACGGAGAAGUUCUACUGCCGCUCAAAGGACAUAUAUGAGAUCUUGAUGGAUGAGAACAGGUGGAAAGGGUUUACACAGAGCAAUGCGAGGAUCAGCAGAGAGGUUGGAGGGGAAUUUAGCCUCUUUGAUGGGUCCAUCACUGGCAUCAACGAGGAGCUGCAGGAAGGGAAACUGAUUGCACAGAAGUGGCGGUUUGGAAGCUGGCCGGACGGCUUGUACUCCUCGGUAAGGUUGACGUUUGAUGAGCCUGAGUCUGGAGUUACAAUCAUAAAGCUCAAACAAACCGAUGUGCCAGAGGAAGACAAGUAUGGGAACUCAACUGUGGUAGAGAACACGGAGAGAGGCUGGAGAGAACUCAUAUUCCAGCGGAUACGCGGAGUGUUUGGUUUUGGGAUCUAAAGAAUCUAAAGAGGCAACUUGGCAUGAAGUUGGAUUUCAAAUUUUUAUGGGGUCAGGCCUGAAUGCCAUAGCAAUCCAAUGUUUUACUCACCCAGUUUUUCCAUGUCCUUAAAACACAAAACUCUGCAUAUCAUGGGGGUUUAAAAACAACUGUUAUUCAUCGCGUUGUAACGAUCCUUGCUCCCAAUUUCUGGUGUUAAAUGAGUCAACGUUGAUCUUUGCUGAUGCUGAUGGGGUUGGUCCUCUUGUUGCGUGAUUAAAAAUUGGACAUUAUUGUGUCAGUGCGAAGCGUUUUAGUGGCUAUAUAUGUUUUCGUUGCUUUUGGACUUCAA